AUGAAGAAGCACUUGAAAACUGCGUUUCUGCCUUAUAAUUUUCAGCGAUUAAUGUAUCAAAAAUUGCAAAAUUUGAGGCAGGGAAGCAAAUCUGUGGAUGAUUAUACCACAAAAUGUUUCCAAUUGAUUGCUCGAAAUGAGAUACAAGAGACUGAAGUUCAGUUGGUUACGAGGUAUAUUGGUGGGUUACGGGUAUCAAUUCAAGACACGGUCAAUCUGUUUGAUCCGGUGUCGCUUUCAGCCGCUCAUCAAAAGGUGCUGCAGAUUGAGAAGCAGAGAAGGUGCACAAGCAGUUUUAGCAAUUCUGCGACAGCAGGUGCCUCUGGCAGUGGCAGUAGUGGAGUGGAGAACAAAGCAGCAAGUGGUACCGUCAGUAGAGGCAGGCAGACUGUCGAAAGACCGCUGCAAAGAAGACAUUUUUUUGUGGAUACUGAUGAUUUUGUCGAUGAGGAAUUCGAGGUGAUGGUUGACCCAGUUUAUGGCAGUGGCGAGGGACUUGAGGAGGAGGUGGCCUCUGGUGAUACGGGGGUUGCGCUGGUCCUGCGGCGGGAUUGCUUAACACCCAAGGCAGCAGAUGAGAAUUGGAUGCGGAGCAAUAUUUUUCAGUCCACUUGCACUAUUUUGGGGAAGGUGUGCCGUUUUUUCAUUGAUGCGGGCAGUUGUGAGAAUAUCAUCUCGACAGAGACAGUCCAGAAAUUGGGCAUUCAGACCGAGAAACACCCCAAACUAUACAAAUUAGCGUGGCUAAAGAAAGGUGGCGAGGUUAGUGUAUCGUUUCGUGCUCUAGUGCUUUUUUCCUGGCAAACUUUGCAAUUCAAUCGUAAAGUUAUGCAGGAUGGCCGAAAUAACACUUAUAGUUUUGUGCUCGAAAGUGUUAAAAUUGUGUUACAGCCUAGUCGUGGUGUGGAUGCAACGAAGCCUGUAGAGAGUAACACUAAUUUGCUAUCUUUGGCGAAAUUUGAGGAGGAGAUGCAGACUACAGAAACUGUGUAUGUGUUGAUUGGGAAAGAAAAAGUUGAGGAACCUCCGGUACCAGCAUCAGUCACACCACUAUUGGCUGAGUUCGCAGAUGUGUUUCCAGAUGAUCUAUCGUCCGCUUUACCACAGUUGCGUGAUAUUCACCAUCACAUUAAUUUGGAGCCAGGGGUAGCCUUGCCUAACAGACCUCAUUACAGGAUAAGUCCUACAGAGCUUGAGGAGUUGCGGAGGCAAGUGGAGGAUUUGGUUGCUAAGGGGCAUGUGUGUGAGAGUAUGAGCCCAUGUGCAGUAUCAACCCUUCUAACACCUAAGAAGGAUGGGACUUUUCCUAUGUGCGUGGACAGUCGAGCAAUUAAUAAAAUCACAGUGAGGUACCGUUUUCCUAUUCCACAGCUCGAUGAUUUACUUGAUCAGAUUAGCGGGGCGACGGUUUUUACCAAACUGGAUUUAAAGAGCGGAUAUCAUCAGAUUCGCAUCAGAGUUGGGGACGAGUGGAAAACGGCCUUCAAAACCCGUGAGGGGCUGUAUGAGUGGUUGGUGAUGCCGUUUGGGUUAUCAAACACGUUGAGUACGUUUAUGCGUGUGAUGAACCAAGAACUUAGACCUUUUAUCGGUAAAUUUGUUGUUGUGUAUUUCGAUUAUAUUUUGAUCUAUAGUGCUAAUGUUGAAGUGUACCUUCAGCACUUGCGAGAGGUUUUGUGUGUGCUUCGCAGGGACAGUCUAUUUGCUUCCAGAAAGAAGUGCGCUUUUCUGACUUGA